CUCUCUCACCCAAAAGCCCACCAUGUCGCUCCUCCUCCUCAGAGCCUUCCCUCUCAUAUCCCUCCGCUCCAACCCUCUCCCUCUCCUCCGCGCCAUUCUCAAACCCUUCCCCAAACCACGUCCCACAAGCAGAGCCGCUUUCUCCGUCUCCGCUUCCGCCACCGGCACCCACAUUCCCAACCCCAAAUCCUCACUGCCUCUCAACAACAACGCUCUCGAGUGGGUCAGCCGGAACGGCUUAUGCGGCGACCUAUCCGCCGCCGACGUGGGUAAACGGGUCCGCCUCUGCGGGUGGGUCGCGCUCCACCGUGUCCACGGUGGCCUCACCUUUCUCAAUCUCCGCGACCAUUCCGGUAUCGUUCAGGUUACGACGCUACCGGAUGAGUUUCCUGAUGCGCAUUCAACGAUUAAUGACUUGAGACUUGAGUAUGUGGUUGCCGUGGAAGGCAUUGUUCGGUCUCGACCAAGCGAGUCGGUCAACAAGAAAAUGAAAACUGGCUUUAUAGAGGUUGCGGCAGAGCAUGUUCAAGUAUUAAAUGCUGUGAAAUCGAAGUUACCAUUCUUAGUUACUACUGCAGAGGAUGCAAAAGAUUCUGUUAAAGAGGAGAUCCGUUUGAGAUAUCGAUGUCUUGAUCUGCGGCGGCAUCAAAUGAAUUUCAACAUAAUGCUGAGGCAUAAGGUGGUUAAACUUAUUCGAAGAUAUCUAGAGGACACACAUGCUUUUGUGGAGAUUGAGACUCCAAUACUCUCUAGAUCUACACCAGAAGGUGCACGUGAUUAUUUGGUUCCCUCAAGAGUUCAGCCAGGAACAUUCUAUGCUUUGCCCCAAAGUCCGCAACUGUUUAAGCAGAUGUUGAUGGUCUCUGGUUUUGAUAAGUAUUAUCAAAUAGCAAGAUGUUUUCGAGAUGAAGAUCUAAGGGCAGAUAGACAACCUGAGUUCACACAGCUUGAUAUGGAAAUGGCUUUCACUCCUUUGGAGGACAUGUUGAGGCUUAAUGAAGAUUUGAUUCGAAAGGUUUUUCUAGAUAUUAAAGGUGUCCAGCUACCCAACCCUUUCCCAAGGCUGACAUAUGCUGAAGCAAUGAGUCGAUAUGGUUCUGACAGGCCAGAUAUUAGAUUUGAUCUUGAGUUGAAAGAUGUAUCUGAUAUUUUCUCAGAUUCCCCCUUCAGGGUUUUUGCAGAUACCUUGAAGAGUGGGGGAAUUAUCAAAGUCCUAUGCGUUCCCUCAGGUGCCAAAAAUUAUUCAAAUACAGCUCUUAAGAAAGGUGAUAUUUACAAUGAAGCAAUUAAAUCUGGAGCCAAGGGUUUGCCUUUCUUGAAGGUCAUGGAUGAUGGGGGUCUUGAGGGAAUUCCUGCACUUGUAUCAAGCUUGGAUCCUGUAAACAAAGAGCGAUUGCUGAGUCGAUGCUCUGCUGGACCAGAAGAUCUUAUCUUGUUUGCAGUGGGUCAACAUGCGUCAGUAAAUAGAACUCUUGAUCGUCUGAGGGCGUUUGUUGGCCAUGGGUUGGGCUUGGUUGACCAUUCCAGGCAUUCAAUUUUGUGGGUGACUGAUUUCCCAAUGUUUGAGUGGAACGAUGCAGAGCAGAGGCUUGAGGCCUUGCAUCACCCCUUCACUGCUCCAAAUCCUGAAGACAUGGACGAUCUUGCCUCUGCUCGUGCCUUAGCUUAUGACAUGGUUUACAAUGGAGUGGAGAUUGGUGGGGGAAGUUUGAGAAUAUAUAAACGUGACGUACAGCAAAAGGUUUUGGAAACUGUUGGCAUCUCCCUGGAACAGGCUGAAGCAAAGUUUGGUUAUCUUCUGGAGGCGUUAGACAUGGGUGCUCCUCCACAUGGAGGAAUCGCUUUUGGGUUAGAUAGAUUGGUUAUGUUGUUGGCGGGUGCAAAUUCCAUCAGGGAUGUCAUAGCUUUCCCAAAGACAACAACUGCACAGUGUGCACUCACUCGGUCACCAUCGGAGGUGGAUCCCCAGCAGUUGAAAGAUCUGUCAUUUCAAAGCCAGUAGUUUCCUUUUGUUCAACUACGGCAAACAAAUUUAUGGUUUUUUGAUUUUCCCUCAUGUUUAUUGCUUUGGAAUCUUUGAUCUUGGUUUUUCUGCAACCAGUUUAGUUCUGCUAUGUGAGAGAAUGAUUAAUGUAUAUUUAGGAACAAAGAAUUUCAUUACUUCAGGGAUAAAUCCUAAACUAUGGAAAUUUUUGCAAUGUCCCUUCAAACAUUAAAGUUGAAUAAAAAACUCUCUAAGCUUUGUGAUUAA